AUGGCAGACAUCAUCCGACUUUUCAUGGCGCAAAUACGCCAGCAUCUGACCGCUAGCGAUCUCGCCAAGUUGGCCCGCGUGUCGCAUGAGUUGAACGAUUUGGCAACACCGUACCUGUAUCAGACAGUACACUUCCAUAGCCCCGGGCGCAUCAAGCCGGAUGAUCAGCUGUUGUCGCAACUGGAUAUCCUCGGAAAUCUCCACUUCAACAAACUCGUAUAUACAAGGCGCGUGGUCGUGUCAGGAUCAUGCUGGGACAUGCAAGUUUCACUGACACAGGUCUUGCUGACGACCGUAUUGCUGCAACAGAGGCUGCGGUGCUUACGAAUUCGUAUGGGUACGGACUGCACCCCGAAGCCGUUCUUUCGCCCAACCUUGCACCUCCACACAACAGUCAAGCUAAGGGUGAUGCACCUCACCCAAGUCGAUACCGUCGUGGUUUUACAAUCCUUAGGUGUGGCUCUGAAGCAUGCUACACAACUAGAGCGCCUUUCUAUAUGGGCCGAUGACCGUGCCGAGCUCAGCAUUAGCAGUCUCGUGGAGGACUGGCAUAAACCUGCUCCAUUUCGAUUGCGCUCUUUGGACAUUCGUGGGUUUUCCGACAUAGGAAUCCCCGCGAAGAGCAUGUGGGCAGCAAUUCCACCAACCGAACUGAGAGAACUGACGCUAGAGCUAGGACCGAGCCUCCUGGUGCAGGAUCUAACGGAGUUCUGGGAUGCGUCUGUUGAAGCUGACUUGCGUCCGCUUAGGUUGAGGGUGAACCUAGGUAUCAAGGGCAUUCAAGAAUUCAUUUCGUCUUUCAGUGGCUUGGAGGCAUUUCACCUCGUCCCAUCUGACACACUACGACCGAUGGAGCCAAUCCGCGUUCUCGUGGAUGCUCUCAGAAGGCACCAUUCUUCCACUCUGAAGGUGCUGGGCCUGAGUCCGUUUUUGGAUGGGUCGAAGUAUGUGCUGGACGUGCCAGAUAUCAAGUAUUUGGUAGGGGCGUUGCCAGAUAUCGAAGAACUUCGCACUUCAUCGUUUAUCUUUUACGAAAAGGCUAUGCCAGGAAUCUUACCUAUGUGGCCUUUGACGAUACCACCGUGCGCGAAAUCCGCCGAAAUCCGAUACGGCUUUCCGACGGAGUCUCUCGUGUUGGAUAUGUCGGUGGCACGGUCCUAUUGA